UAACAUCCGCUCGAGCCGCAGCCCUUUCCUGUUAGCUAACAUAGAGCUCUCAUCUCACACCACGUUCAGCUACCUAACGUUAUCUCUUUGAUAUAUUUUCUCAGUCUACAGUACUUUGUCGACUGCUAACAUGGCAGAGGCCAUUCAAAAGAAAUUGAAAGCGGAAUUAGAAAAAUAUUCACAGAUGCAGAAAGAUGUUAGCAAGAGCAUGUCAGCCAGACAGAAGCUGGAGACGCAGCUGACAGAGAACAACAUUGUCAAGGAGGAGCUUGAUCUGCUGGACAGCACAAACACAGUUUAUAAGCUUAUUGGCCCAGUAUUAGUGAAGCAAGACCUUGAUGAGGCCAAAGCCACGGUCACAAAAAGGCUGGAGUACAUCAACGGAGAGAUUCAAAGGUACGAGACACUCCUGAAAGACAUGGAAAAGAAAUCUGAACAGCAUCGAGAAGUCUUGUCCAGUCUACAGCAGGAGUUUCAGAGAGCUCAGGGCCUGGCUGUUGGGAAAGUCUGACCAAGUGACCCAGCUGCAUGCUGACACACACAGACACACAUAGACAUAAGUAGAAUGGGUUAGUCAUGACAUAAUAUAAACCGUCAACAUAGGCUGAGUAAAUUCUGCUUGUAUCCUGUCAUUAAUUUGUUAUUACACUGACGUUUCCCUUGUUAAUAAUAAACAUGUUUUUCCAUGAAAGGC